AUUCUUGUACUUGGUGGCGCAGGAGCACAAAACUCCUAUGUUGCCCAAGAACUUGCCCAGGCAGGACAUAAAGUGCGCAUCCUCAGUCGAGAUACAGAAAAAGAAGAGCCCAAAAAGUUGGCAGCCUUGGCCGGCGUUGAAGUCGUCAAGGGCGACACUUAUGACGAAGAGGUGCUCACAUCUGCCUUCAAAGGCAUUGAUUCUGUCUUUGUGAACACGAAUGGCUUCGCAAUUGGAGAGAAGAGCGAAAUCUAUUGGAGUAUUCGCAUCUACGAAAUUGCACUCUGGGCUGGUGUAAAGCACUUCAUCUAUAGCACUCUGCCAUAUGUGUCCAAGAAGAGCGGUUUCAAUCCCAGAUUCCGCGUCCCAUUUGUAGAUGGAAAAGCCAAAUUUGGAGAAUAUCUCAAGUCUCAGCCGACAGAUGUCAUGAAUUGGAGCCUGUUGGAAAGCGGCCCAUACGCUGACGACACCGUUUAUCGCCGUGCUCCGAAGCUUGACGAAAAGACUGGCGAGUGGAUCUGGAAGUUAUUCUUGGGAGAGAGCGGCUGCAUGGCGCUCGUAUCUCUGAGAGAUCUCGCCUGGUUUGCGCGGUACAUGUUUGAGAACCCAGAAGAAUUCCGCGGAGACCUCUUGAGCGUGGGCAUCAAGCACACUUCAGGAGCAGAGCUCGCUUCCGCACUUACAGCAGUCACGGGGAAGCCGUCAAGAUACGUUCCAAUGACUGAAGAGGAGUUUCGCCAGUACUUUCCGCUUAUCAAAAUGGGUGUGGCCCAUUCGCCAGGAUACGAUGACCCUACGCUUUGGACGCCGCAAAGCAUGUUUUAUAACUGGUUCAUGGUCUGGACGAAUAGUGUUGGUAACACGGGGUUGUGGACGAGGGACUACCAGCGCUUGGAUAAGAUUAAGCCAGACCGCAUCAAAACUGUUGAGGAAUGGAUGAGA